AUGUUCGACGUGUAUAGAUUCCCGUUCGAAGAGGAUGACUCCGUUGAAAUGCUGUCACAAUUGGAGGCAGUCUGUGAGACGAUUCUUUCGUUGGCAUCUUCUGAUACAAUUGGCUUCCGAGAUAAGUGGCCUGUCGACCAACAUACAAAGGAAGUUGAUUACACGGCAGCGUUCUUGGAUAUGAACCAUGUGUGCUACACGAAGCACAAACUCGAGGGCUCCAGCAUGCGACAUAACACCGGUUAUCUGACCGGGCUGCUUCGACGUUAUUUGAAGGUCUGUUCCCAACCUUCGCGGGAGACUGCUCAAACAGUGUCUCUUUUGGUCAAUCUUGGAGCCGAUGUGAACGGAACAAUGGGUCCGAAUGUCUGCUCAUCAUGGGUGGAUCAUACCUAUACCAUCUGGCGUCGCAUCCUGCGCAUGUUGCCAUACGCGUCCACCGGAAAGGACGACGUUGCGCUAUGGGGGCAUGCCCUGAAGGUAUGUCUGCAAGCCGGCGCGGACCCCACCCUUCCUCUACCCUACCAUAUUUCGCAACCUGAGGCAGAUUGGUGGUUCUCGAAUCGUCGGCCUCCGAUGUCGCAGCAAUAUGACCGAGUCAUCAUUUGCGAAUGGACCGCUCGGGAACUUCUGGCAAUGAGCAUAUGGAAGGAGACUCUGUGCCAUUUGUUGAGCGAGGUUGGAGCCACAGGCAGCUCCAAGCAGAUUAUUGUCCUCGGUCCUAAAGAACCAUGGCGCGUGAUACCUAGACACUUCCUUGACACAUGGCUAGAAGACGAGGCUUGUUACUUUCCUACUAUCGGAAAGCCUAAGCAUAGGCAUCGCUUUCCUUACAUUGAGCAUAGGCAUCGCUUUCCUUACAUUGGAGUCGGACCAACCCCGCGAUACACCCUGAUGACAGGUCAGAUCGACCGCCUUUUAACUGUUUCUGAAGCGGAGCAGACGUAUUUUGAAGAUGGUCUAGAUGCACUCCAUGCUGCUGGCUGGAGCGAUGAAGAGAUUCGAGGGCUCCCCCCUCUGCCGGGAAUAUCCUUGGGGAAUUAG